AUGGCUACCACCACCAUGACCCAAUCCAAGUCCACUCCUGGCGAUGGCAAACAUCUCGAUCUCCACGGCAAUUCUUUUGAAUUGCCCACCUUCACCAUGAAGGAAAUCCACGAUGCCAUCCCAGCAUGGUGUUUCAAGCCUUCCAUUCUCCGAUCCAUGGCGUAUGUCGUCCGCGACUUCUUCUACUACAGCCUUCUGGUCUACGCCGCCGUCACUUACAUCCCCCUCCUCCCAAAUGCCUACCUUCGAUUUGCUGCUUGGUCGGCAUAUGGGUUCGCUGCAGGAUGUGUUUUCACCGGUAUCUGGAUUCUCGCACACGAAUGUGGACACGGUGCUUUCUCCAAGAACAAGAUGCUCAACUACACCAUGGGAUUGAUCAUGCAUUCCUUCCUCCUCGUCCCAUUCCACUCAUGGCGUCUUUCCCACAGCCAACAUCACAAGGCUACCGGAAAUAUGGACAGAGAUACCGCUUUCGUCCCACACAAGAGACAAGACUGGCUCGAGACUCAUUUCGGAAGCAAGGCCAAGGAGAACAUGGUUGAAUUUGCUGAAUUGGCAGAAGACUCUCCAAUUGCUGCUCUCUGGCACGAUGUCAUCCACCAAUUGUUCGGCUGGCCAGGUUACCUCCUCUUCAACUUGACUGGACAAAAGUAUGAUGGCGCCAAGGGUGCUAAAAUCUCCCACUUUUAUUUCGGAGAGGACAGCGUUUUCUACAAGAAGAAUGAGCUUCCAUUGAUUAUGCUUUCUGAUCUUGGUGUUGCCGCGAUGAUCGGUGCUCUGUACAUGGCUGGACAAAUGUUUGGAAGCUUCAACGUUCUCGUUCUUUGGGGUGUUCCAUGGCUCUGGGUCAACAACUGGAUCGUCGCCAUCACCUUCCUCCAACACACCGACGGAUCCAUGCCUCACUACGACAACAGCACCUGGAACUUUGCUCGCGGAGCCACUGCCACCAUCGAUCGUGAUCUCGGUUUCCUCGAUACCCAUCUCUUCCACGACAUCAUCGGUACUCACGUCUGCCACCACCUAAUCUCCACCAUCCCAUUCUACAAUGCGGGCGAGGCCUCAAAACAUAUCAAGAAGGUUAUGGGUGUCCACUACAAGGCAGAUCUCGAGACACCUUUCUGGACCGCCUUCUUCAAGAACCAACGUACAUGCAAAUUUGUCGAGGAGACCGAAGGACAAGAGGGAAGCGGUGUAUACAUGUUCCGAAACUUGUUCAACCGUGAUGGGGAGACACAACCACAAAAUCUUGCUAAACUUGACAAGACCGAGAAACGCGAUGUUUCAGAGGGACUCAAGGCUUCCACUGCUACCGCCACCGCUACCGCCAUGUCAAUGGCAUCUGCCAGACAUCAGGAUGCUCGAAGACGACUAAGUCAAUCCACACAAUUGAGCGGGAAGCUCCCAAUCCUGACCGAAGCUUAA